AUGGCACUGAAAACAGAGAAGGCGCACACUGGGUUGGACUUCAUUGACCUCCUGCUCAGAAACACUGAUGAAACCAUUGGUUACCAGAGCAACCAAUCGUGGACUAUUACAUUUGAUGAUAGAAGCUCUGCUGAUGACUUCCUGGACUCCCUGCUGGGGAGGAGUGACUCCUCUACGCCGGCAUCCCCACUGUGGUCACCUUGCACGACCGACAGUGGCAUCAAUGAGGACCCCCUGAUGGAUCACUCGGAAUGCCCUCACCCAACCUUUGACGCACCGGCUAUCCCUCAGAAUCCAGGGAAUCAGCUGCCAGCCAGUGAAGAAACUGCUUCCAUUGAUCAAAGUUGGGAGUCCAGCAACCUGCAGGAGCAGUUUGGAAUCGCAUACUACCUCACGACGAACCCAAGCUCUGCUCUGUUGUCCAGUCAGACGCUCACAGUGAAGGACCUGCUGAUGUCGAACCUGGGACAGAAUGCACAACAAGUCCCCCAGCAUCCCCUGCCAGAGCUUCAGCUUGACGAGGACGAGAAGACACUUCUGGCUAAAGAGGGAUUGAACCUGCCCAGCAAACUGCCCCUGUCCAAGAUUGAAGAGAAGGUUUUAAAGAAGAUCCGGCGGAAAAUCCGCAACAAGCGCUCGGCUCAGGAAAGUCGGAAGAAGAAGAGGGAAUAUGUCGAUUGUCUGGAGGGAAGGAUGUCUGCAUGCAGCGCUCACAACCUGGAGCUGCAGAGAAAGAUCCAGCAGUUGGAGGAGACCAACCAUGCUCUGUUGGAGCAGUUAAACCAGGCACAGGCUCUCCUCUCCAGCAGCUCCAGCAAGACAACGCAAAAAGGGACCUGCAUCCUGGUUCUGCUCCUCUCGUUCUCUCUCCUUAUUUCCUCAAAUUUGCAGCCGGACCCCUACAGCCAUCUCAGCCAGACGGACUACACAGAGAGCAAAGUGCCGUCCCGCUCCCUGCAGUCGAUGGAUGAAGUGCAAGACGUCCCUCCGCCUCCACUCCUCACUGUCUCCAAGGGCUUUGAGGCCUUGAGCAGCCUGACCGGGAAGCUCUGGACCUGGGCAGAUUUCCCCAUGGUAGACGUCCAGUCCUCUUACCACCAGGAUCCCAGGCACCGGGACAAUCACUGA